GUCUUCCGAUCUACUUAAAGCACUCAGUAUCGGCCUGUGUUAGAGGGGUGUGCCUCUCAGGAAAAUCCAUCACUACUUGUGAAAUUAUUGGAAGCAGAGAAUAUGACAGAAGUACGGAUACAAAUAUUGUCUACGAAUUAAAUGCAGACUCUGAAGACAUGGAAAAAAUCCGGUCUUUUGUACAUAGCAGAUAUCUUGGAGAGAAUAUGGCAAUUUUACAUAACAAUGAAAUUGAUAUCAUAACAAAGAAAACAAAGUUAUCAGGGGUGCUUAUCGAUGCAUUUGGUCGUGAGGUCAAAUGGUAUUUGAUGACAGAACCGCGUUUACCUAUCAUGACCUGUGCCGAAGACGUUGCAUGUUUGCAGGCUACUUCUUCCUCCGAUGGCGUCGGACAAUUUAAACGAAUCCUGCUUCAGGAAAACAAGAGAUACUUUAUUUGUGCAUAUUCAACCAAAACAUUUUUUAAAUACGAAAAAUUUACUGAAGAAAGAGACGAAAUUGAAGUCUGUGGUAAUGGUAUGAUUGUGGAUGAUUCCCCUCCAAUUCCAGGAGAGGUUAGCAUUGUUACAGAUAAUGGAUAUUUCGUUAAUGCGGAAGGCGUGUUUGUGAUUACCUGGGAACAAUUUAGAGAUAUAGAACAAAAUGCUGAAAUUCCGUAUCCGUCAGGCAUAGCAAAGUAUGAAUACUGCAUUGGGACCUAUGUUGGCGGAAGAGAUGUGGUACCAUUUGUUGAUGUGGGUUUAAUUACGUCUGCAAUAAUUACAAAUGCAACGAUGAAUAAAAAAGUAACGUACUUUGCCACUGUGAGAGCAACUGAUAGAGUCGGUCAUGUAGCACAGAGCUCAUCAACAGGCGUGAUGUUUGAUAAUACACCACCUACGAUUGGACAAGUGUUUGUCGGAAUAUCGGAAAUUCACAAGUAUAUAGCAAAUCAUAAGGAUAUAUCAGCUUCAUGGUUUGGUUUUGAUGAUCCUGAAAGUGGCAUCAAAUCAUUCCAUGUGGGAUUGGGGUCUUCUAACUUUACUACUGACAUUUAUCCACUGACAGAAGUUGAAGGAAAUUUUUGGAAAUUAGAGGAAUCACUUGAUUCCAUCAUAGAUGGAUAUGAAUACUACAUCCAUCUACUGGUGACAAACAAUGCAGGAUUAUCAGCCGCGGCACAUUCUCCACCAUUUCUCGUUGACAGUAGUCCACCAUCUGAAGGCUUUGUGAAAGAUGGCGAUUCUCAGGUAGAGGUUGACUUUCAGUUAAAUACGACUUACAUAUGUGCAAGUUGGGAUAGUUUUCAUGACGUUCACACAAAACUUUCAUACUAUGAAGUCGGCAUGACUAUAUCAAUGCAGGAGAAUGAAAUUUUUCCACUUACAUCUGUUGGACUUAGUAAAAAAAACUGCUGGACAGGUUUAUUUGAGCCUGGGAUAAAGUAUUACAUUGUUGUCAGAGCAUGCAAUCAGGCAGGUUUGUGCACUACGAAAUAUUCAGAUGGCAUCGUAGUUGACAGCUCACCUCCCGUACCUGGACUGAUCCAUGUUGGUUUAAGUGAUAGACAUCAGCAUUAUAUUAGUCAUAGGACCUCCAUUUCAGCACAGUGGAUCGGUUUCGAAGAUCCACAUUCUGACCUCGAUCACUUUGAAUUCUGUAUCAGUAAGAAAAAUUACUCGUGUGACAUAACAUCAUUUGAGAAUGUGUUGUUAACGAACCGCAUUACAAAAUCUGCUGUAAAUUUACCGAUAGGAAUAGAUUUAUACGUUAUACUGCGUGCAUAUAACAGAGUUGGGCUGUAUACGCAACGAUCCUCUGAAAAAUUUAAAGCUGAUACUUCACCCCCUUUGGAAAUACAAAAAACAAACAUUGAUAACUCCCAAUUUUCAUAUCGUCAUGGUACACAGUAUGAAACCUCGAUGAUGAUUGUCCGAUGGAAUUUUUCGGAAUUCGAAAGCCAUAUUGUAUCAAAUGAAAUCAUCUUAAAAUCACAUAGCAAUGGUAGAACUGUUCAGGAUCAAAUUAUAUAUGGCAAUGAACACAAUGUUACCCUGAGGUUAUCUGAGGAAGAUAGACUAAGGGAUGGUGAUUCCUAUAGUGUACUUUUAUCAUGUUGCAAUGCCGCUGGACUUUGCACACGAUCAAUGUCUGAUUCAGUUUUUAUAGAUUCCUCUCCACCCCAGAUCGGUGGGUUUAGAAACCCCAUGAAGUGGAAUAACGCUGGAAAUGCAACCUCAAUGCAAUUGUUGUGGUAUGGAUUCACGGACUUUGAAAGUGGGAUAGAACAGUAUGGAAUAGCAAUAGGUGCUUCAUUCAGUGGUUCGGAAUUAUCUGGAGGGAUUGUAUACAUCAACCAUGUAGAUAAUGAAAUACAAAAUCUAUCUUUGAAUUUAACGCGAAAAAUUUCAGACAGCGAUUCCAUAAUUUUGUCUGUCUUUGCCAUUAACAAAGUGGGGUUGAGAAGCAAGACAGCAAGAGCCACAGUGAUAUUAUUUUCUGAAACCGUUAAUCGCACUAACGGACUUCUUAAAAUCCAACGAUAUCUUUGUCGUUCGCAUACUUGUAAUUCCGAUUGCACGUGUUCCGUGUUAGGACAGAAAUGUCGAUCAAAUGGAGGUCAAAAUGCAUGCAUAAAGACAAAUAACAACUCUGUGCUAAGAUCUGUUUCCUUCGGUCGAAUAAAUGGUCAAAUAGAUUUAACGUUGUCGUCUUCUUGUAUGUUUUCGUUUUGGACAAUAAAUCCAAAUGCAUACUACGAACGCUUUGAGUGGAGCAUCGGUGUUCAGCACGAAAGUGUUGGCGCCGGUGUAUUCAAUAAAGAUGUCGAAAGUAUUUGGAAAGACAAUGGAAUUUUUAAAAAUGUCACGUUUUGUCUUAAAAAUGGUCAAUCGUUUAAACAUGACGAGUACUACGUGUUUUAUGUCCGAGCUUGGCUAUCGGAAAGUGAAUAUGAAGAAAUUAUAUCAAAACCUGUUCUCGUAGACACUACUCCUCCAGCAAUUCGACAAGGGAAAUCCGUGCGGGAAUCACUUCAAACCUGUGGUCAAGACGACAUUGAUUACCUUAAUUCAACCCAUGAUUUCCUUAUAUGUUGGAAUGGUGUAUUUACUGAAAGUGGUGCGAAAAUAGACAAGUACAUACUGUCUGGUGGCUCAAUUCCUUAUGGUAACGACUAUCUUGAUACAAUAAAUCUUGGUUUAUCAACAUCUCAGUAUAUUGAUGGCAAGACACUGGAUCCGGGGAUCAGAUACUUUUUUACUGUUACUGCUAUUAACACUCUAGGCAUGGAAACCUCUCAUGUGUCUGACGGAAUUGUAAUUGACCUUGAUAUUCCGACAGCAGGGGUGCUAUACAACACACGAUAUCACAAAAAUAUGGAGUACCAAUCAGCAACUGACGAGUUAGGCAUUUCUUGGCAUGGUUUUGAUGACAUGAACUCUUACAUUAGAAAUUAUGAAAUAUUUUUGUCGGAAAACGAUGGAGAUGUUGCUUUUACAGAGGUUUUUGACGCUGAAAUUUCAAAUUUCCAUACAUUUACUGGGGUAUCCUUGAAACAUAACCAUCUUUAUCGAGUAUCUGCAAUUGCAUACGAUGCUGUUGGUCACUCAGUUGGUCCAGUACAUUCAAAACCUAUACAUAUUGAUGCCACACCUCCAAAUGGAUUUGAAUGCACACAGUACAAAAAAAUACCUUUUGAUUUCUCCAACAAAUCACAUUCAGUUUUGUUUGAAGAUACACAUUUUACUUACUUUGGUACAGUAUAUGUCACAAAAAACAAAGUGUACAAAUUAUCAUUCUUGUCUUUCCAUCGUAUACCGUCAAGUGCAGUCCACAUCCAAAUCGGAAAAGACCGUAAAGAAUUACGUCUUCUUACAAAUGCAAAAGGACAGGUUUCGACUGAAUAUCUCUUCAUGGCACAUAUGUCAGGACCGAUAAAUAUCAGUAUGUCAAUGAUAAUGAGUUCUGUGUCUGAAGGACUUUUAUUUUCUCUACAUCUAUGCAGUGACUCUAAACUUUCAUCCUAUCCGUUUAGAAUAUCACAGAUUUCUCCGACUACGUUGCGUUUUUCUAUGUUUGUCCGAGACUAUGAAAGUGGUAUCAAGACAAUAUUACUUGGCGCUGGUACUACAGAUACGGGAUAUCAAAUAAGACCACUGCUUCCUUUCCCCAUUGGUGUUGAUGGCACGAUGCAGAUAGAUGUUCCGCAUAACAGCAGUGUUUACCUUAAUGCAAUAGUUGAAAACAAUGCUGGUUUGAAAUCCUUUUUCAAAUCGAAACCGCUUGUAAUUGAUCGUACAAAGCCAAAUAUUUCAGACUUGAAAAUCGAUAUAAAAUAUGAAGAACAUAUCACCGUAAAUGGAACAGUUGGGGGAGCAAAUAAUUCUAAUUUAUCAUUUAAUGACACAGAUGAAGUGUUGAUUAAUAAAACUUUUACAACAAUGAAGUUAAGAUGGAUAUCUACCGACGACGAAAGUGAUAUUCUUAGUUGUGAGUGCGCAGCUGGUAUUAUUCCCUUUUCUACAACAACAAUCGACUGGAAAGCUAGUGAAACCACUUCAUCAUGCGUUCUAUCAAAUCUUGAUUUAAAACAUGGCACCCGGCUUUACGUCAGUGUUCGAUGUACGAAUGGAGUGGAGCUCAGAGAUUCAAAAACACAUGGGCCAGUGAUAAUUUCAUACAACCGCCCAGAAAAUUUAGCUUCAGAAGUUUUCUUUUUACAAAGCAAUUAUUUUUUGAUCAAGCAUAAAGAACCCGCCUUAACUACACAAUCAAACAAAUCACAGAUUUGUUUUGGAUGGAAGGGGUUUGAAGAUGUCUCUGGUGUCCUGAAAUAUGAAACUCGGUUAAUGAAGGGACAGGCAAUAAUUCAAAAAUGGAAAAGUGUUGGAGAUAAAACAUACACUUCCAUAGAUAUAAACGGUGCUGACGGCGAUGUCUACAAAGCUGAAGUACGGGCGGUAAACAGUGGUGGACUUGCAAGCGAACCGACUAACAGUACUAUAAAGGUAGAUGGAAGAGCACCGAGGUUAUCAGGUUACAACGUAAUGGUGAAGAAAUUGUCGCGUGAAGAAUAUAUGAUUGACUGGAGCAGAGUCUUUGAUGAGAGAAUUGAACGCUCUCUCGCGUUUAUUGUGUCCGUAGGAAGAAACAGAGGCCAUUCGGACCUGUUGAAACCCACCUAUACUUUAAAUCGCACUAUUUCCAUUGAUGCAGACUUUGCCUCUUCAAUUUACAUAGAUAUUUUUGGUGUUUCUUCAACGGGAGAAUAUUCUACCUACCACAAAAUGUAUGAGAUACAUAAGUAGGCAUUAUCCCAGAACUGAUUAUAAUGUUGUUUUUUUCUAGAUUCCACAGUAUGCAUGCUUGAACAUUUCUAUUCUUUUCUUUAACAUACAGAUGACUAAAAAAUGA